AUGCUGCUUUCUCCCAUCGUGGGAUUCUCUCUUUGCAUGGCUCUGUGGAGCCAGUGGUUCCCUCCCCAGGGUCCUGCUGAUCCACAUGAGCCUUUCGUGCGUCGUCUGGGCUCCGCCCUCCGAUCUGGUCUUGAGGCUUGGGUCCUCUUUGAUAUGGUUGGCGCCGUGGCGCCCCGGUACGAUACCCUCAGUGAGGAACCGUACUCUCCACCUGGCUAUCGGGCCGUUGUGGAUAUCAUCGAGAACCCCGGACAAAAUCGGAUGGACAGCACUGACGAGGAAGUACCUCUCUUACCCAAAGUUUGGGAAACCUCGCUUCAGUUACGCAAUCCGAUAACGACCGCCGUCGCUUUGUACGGGUCAGAAGAUGAUGGUCUCGCGGAUUUCAUAUGUAUAAAUCCUGUCGAGAACACCUUCACCUUUACUUGGUUGGUGGGAGCUCUCUUUGAACUGUUGGUCCGUGAGUUGUCUGAGGUUAAUUGGUGGGCAUGGAUCCCAAGUCUUCUGACUUUGCUUGCUCGCAAAUGGCAAAUUUGGCAGUCUCUGGAAACCCUUGUUUCACGGUUGUUGGCGCGUUUCAAACGCAUUCCACGAAUUGCACGCGUCCAACGCGUGAAUGUCGUGGCCGAUGGGGCACCCUCUCCGUCUUCGUUCUCUGAGGGCGAUGCGGAGGUAGUUGCCCUGAUCGCGAAUAUGCGGGAACACGCCGACAACAUGGAGCAAUGGCUGAAGGAGCGCCAGAAAUGUCGCGAACUUGUGUCUGCGGCGGCAGUUCACGAUGACUUCGACGAUGCCUGUUUCCAGCAGGCUAUCAUGAAAUCUCUCGUGGAUGAGCCAAAGGAGGUAUCAAGUUUGCACCCUCGCAACGCUGCCACAACCGAUGCUCACACGGAGGACGUUCGCGCGGAACCGGUGCUUCGACCUACCGGGGAUUUUGCUGACGCUGAGUCUCUUGAGCCUCCAACGACAAAACCCAAGAAGAAGAACCGUCCGUCGCAAGCUGCUCGUCACCGCGCAGGAAGACGCGCAGAAAAAGAACGGGAACGAAUCUUGGGAAACUAA